UUUAUUGUAAUGAAUCAAAAUAGAAGUUUCGAGACUAUCCGAGAAACUUCUAGAAUAAUCUUUACACAAAUAAUUAUCAAUUUUAAAUACUUUUCUGACCGACUAUUAUUUUAUUACUUUUUACAAAUACAUCGUUCAUUUGGAGCGAUGUUUACAUUAAUGUCCAUCUUUUUAAUUACCAUAAUCGUAUCUGUGGCGCCGAACAGACGGCAAGAUUAAAUAGUUAAAUUUUUAAGAAAAACUAGCCUCCCUUCAUUACCUUACCAACUAAUUUAAUAUAAAAGGGCUAGUAAAAUUAGCACAGACACUCUCUUUCCAUUUUAUCUCUCUCGCAUACUCUCACUUUCAUUUUCACUUAUUAUUCCCCCAUAAUCUUACACUUUCAUAUUAAAAGUUAAUAAUGUAAAAUUCACGUUACUUUUGUUAAUUUUAAUUAUAAGACUUAUAUAUAUUUGUCAAAAUAAUUAAUACAAGUUAUAGAAAUAAACUCAGUAUGUUGCCCCUCAUAUCUGUAUUUUUAUUUAUUUAAAUUAACUUAAAAUAUCGACAUCAACAAGGAACAUCACAAUUCACCAUCUAUCUACGAAUCCAUUUGGACAUCAAGAUAAAAUUGUUCAAUACACUCAAAAUUUAGCUUUGUGGAUAAAAAAAGCCCCAUAUAAUUCAAUAGUAGAAGAAUUAACUAAAAGAAAAUUAAGAAUCGACGGUUCAAUAACUAUUCUUAAAGACAGACUCCAACGUUUCCUUUUAGGCGAGUUUAUAGAAUCUGAUUUUGAAGUUAAUCAUCAACCUCCCAAAAACAUGAACGAGCGAAUUCCAUUUUGUCAACCUGACAAAUUUUCUGGCGCGAUUCACGAAAGCGUGGAUGCCUUUUUAACUAAGUAUAACAGAGCUAGCGAUAUAAAUAAUUGGUCAUCCGAUCAAAAGAAGUCAUUCUUAGCUAUUUAUUUAACCGAUACUGCUCUAAUAUUUUAUGAAAAUUAUGAAAGGGAGAAUCCCUCAGUAAAAUGGCCUGACCUAGAAAACGCCAUGCGUAUUGAAUUUGAACCCACUGCACAAAAUCACAUGCUUAGAAUUAUGCUCUCUAAACGUAAACAACUCCCAGAUGAGUCCAUUGCCUCUUUCAUUAAUGACACUGAAAAAUUAUGUAAGCGCGUAGAUCCUAAAAUGUCACAAUCUGAGUUAGUACAUAAUAUAAUGAAAGGUUUACAUCCAAAAAUAGCUCGAUAUGUCGGUAUAUUAGACAACAAUAGUUUAAAAGAUUUAAAAGCUAAUAUAAGAAAAUACGAAUCCGUUGAAUUUAUGUUACAAGGGGAUACUAUACAAUCGAAAGACGACAUAAAACAGCGAAUAACUAGCGAAAAUAUUUAUCAAAUCGGUGAGCAAAAUAAAAUGCAACAACAGUUAGAUAAUAUAACUUCACAAAUUUCUAAACUUCAGUUUUUUAUUACAAAAAACAAUAAUGAUAACACCGACAACAGCAAACGUUUAUUUAAUGGCACGCGGCAAGAAUACUAUAAUACGCGUCGAAACAACAACAAUUUACGUUCGGGAAAUAAUUAUUUACGUCCAAUAUUUUAUUCACGCCAAAAUUAUAACGAUACUCGCGCAAAUAAUUAUCAACAAAAUAAUACGCAAUAUGCUAAUAGAAAUUACAAUAAUAAUUAUAGUCCCAGAAAUACAUAUGAGCGAAAGAAUAAUUGUAUAUAUUGUAAUCGCAAUAAUCACAAAUCGGAAAAUUGCAACUUGAUCUGUGAUUUAUGUAAUAAACGAUAUCAUACAAGGGAGAAUUGUUAUCUCAACAAAAAUUCUAACUACCAAAAAAACACGCGCCAAGGUCAAAUGCAAUAAUUGGAGAUUAUAUGCAUUCACCUUCUUCUCCAAUUCCAAAUAAAAGUACUAACACUGACACAAACAACAUUUUUAUAAUUCUAAAUCGCGAUAGAAAAGCUAAUGCAUUAUAUAUUUUAGCUAAAUUAAAUAACGAACCAAUAGAAGUCACAAUAGAUUCAGGUGCAAAUAUAAAUUGUAUAAGACCUGACCUCAUAGAUUCAUCUAAUAUAAAUAAAAAUCACAAUUAUAAAUUAUCCGGUGCAGAUAAAUCACCAUUAAAUUUAUUGGGAACAACCACAAUUAAAUUAGAAAUAGAAAAUAAAUUUUAUCAAAUA